AUGUCGCAGGGCUUCAGCCCUCCCCACGGGACCAAAAAUGCCACGCAACGCGCACUGGGAAUCGCUGAGAUUGUGGGUCAUAUCAUCUCCUUUCUGUCACGCCUGGAGCAGGAUUACUUUGAGCCCGAAACGGACUUGAUCUCUGCCGCUCUAGUGAACAAAUUCUGGCUCGCCGAGGCCCUUCCUGUGAUAUGGAAGACGGUCUGGCCCCACCCAAUGGAGGAUAUGUUUAGACCCCUAAAGCCCAACCGUCGACAGUUCUAUGCCAACUUUGUGGUUUCUGGCACUACACGAGUCUUCGAUGAUACACAUGGCCCUGAAGAUUCUCCAUGUGAUCUGAGUGGGAUUGUGUUCCCUAGAAUGACUGAGCUUCUUAUGUUCAUUACAGUACGAAACGGAGAAUGCUCCCUUCCAGACCUAAACUGUCCCAACCUUCGUCGCAUGGUCUUUGAUUACCGGGAUGGUUAUCAUAAUACAGAGAGUGACCGCCUCGGCGCUGAGGAUUGGGAAUCGAUCUUUUGGGACCUCCCGACCAAGUACCCUAGUUUGCAAGAGCUGGAAUUUGAACAUCCUCCUCGUCUGUUUCCCUAUGCACUUCGACGCUUGAAGAAACGGCACCCCAAUCUUUGCGACUAUCUUGGCAAGCCCAAGGUGCGCUGGAUUACCAAGUUUUUACCUAACGGCGCCGAUGAAUCGGAUGGAUAUGACUUUGAAGAUUUCUACGGUUAUCCCGGGGAAUAUGAUACGGAUGGUUCUGAUAUGGAUGGUUCUACCCCAUUGCCGGGGGAUUUUGACUUUGCAGGAUGA